AAACCGUAUUGGUACGUCGUUGUUAUGAUUCCCCUCUGAGUCUUUUAUCCGAUGUCCAGUGUGCUCUAUUUUCUGGUAAAUUAGAUUGUGAAGGAAGAUCAGAAUGGAUGCCCUUGAUCACAUGCUGACCGACCCCCUYGACUCAGGGGAGGGCAAUGAUGGGCGCAUCACAGAAGAGUGCAUGUUGGGAAACUGUCAAGUGAGUCUUCCAGAAGACCUGCUUGAGGAUCCUGAAAUCUUCUUCUCUGUGCUGAGUGAAAGCACCUGGUCUGAAGUACUYACAGAUGACCAGAGGCAGCAUCUCCGUCUACUGUUACCACACUUUCAAGAAGACAACACUAGUGAGCAGGACAGRACCAUCAGCAAACUCUUCAACAAACAGAACUUCUGCUUCGGAAACCCCUUGCACCUUGCACAGAAACUGUUCCAAGAUGGCCAUUUCAAUCCAGAAGUGGUUAAGUACAGACAACUGUGUGCCAAGUCCCAGAAAAAACGCCAGCUGAACUCGUUGCAGCAGUACUACCACAAACUCCUUAAACAGAUCCUGGUCUCUAGAAAGGAACUGCUAGAGUUGGCUGUCCGCAGUGGCCCUGACAUUGCGGUGAACAGAAGGUAUCCCACCCAGACACAUGGUGAGGUGCAGGAACAGAGGGUUAGAGGAAGAGUGUGCCGGAUACUGAGGGAAGUUAAAACUGAGUGUGGAGACAGCAAUGCCUCAUCUGACGAUGAUGAUACAGCCUCUUGGCUGCCAACACCUCAAUCUCCUUCCUCUCCAACGCCCACAGUCUCUGUCAGGGUUUUGCCCAGUCUCUCCACCCAGGACAUGAAGACCACRGAUAAGCAAGAACUGGGAGAGAAGGACAUGAGAGCCAUGCUACGGAGACAUAGAGAGAAGAGGAGACGACAACCGGAUCAUCCAGACUUGAUGACUUCUGACAUCCGCCUGGGUGACAUGAUGUCUAGAGUGAACAUAGGUCGUAAAGGCUCCAUGAUGACACUGUUUGACCUGGCUCUGCCCAAGAGGAAGAUGAGGGAGGAGAGGAGAAAGAAGAAGAUGAGGACAAUUAAAGUGGAGUCUGAGGAUCCCUGUGAGGCUCUGAUGCCUUCAGAAGCCCCAGCUCCAUCAGUUAACAUCACAGCUGCUCUGCCUGAGACCCCAGUCACUCCACUGCCCAGUGUCAAGGAAGAGCCGAUGGAGGAGGUGCAGAACAGCCCUGUCAUGGUGGAGGAGAUCGCUGUGAGCUUCUUCAACCUGCUGGAGAACAUCCUAAAACUAGACGGCCUCGCCAGCACCACCAUGUUGGAGGAGAAAGUCCAACAGUGGCAGACAUCUCCAGCUAGUUCCCUGAACCCCUGGUUCUCCUCGGCCUCCUGCUGGUCAGAGAUGGUGCUGCCGGCCCUGCACUUCCUGGCUGGGGAGACUAAAGUCGGUAUGUUGGUUCUUCCCAGUGGCUUCACUCCCUAUGUGGCGUUCAGGGAAAACUCACAGCGAUGGAAAUGGAUUGGUCCCAGUCAGGAUGGAGAGAAGGAUUUGAGUGCUCUGUGUCAGCUGUGGGUCGACUCCAAGGACUUGGUUGUGGUCAAGACAGAAUGUGAAGAACUAACAGAGAUGACUUCUCCCACCCCUAGAGUCAGUUGGACUGACUUCGUGGUGCGGCCCAGCACAGGAGACGAGAGGCAUGUUUUCCAAGUGCAGGAGCAGCAGCGGUAUGACCAGCCACACAAAGCCUUCACCUUCAGAAUGCAUGGCUUUGAGUCUGUGGUGGGGCCUGUUAAGGGGGUCUUUGACAAGGAGAUGUCUCUCAACAAAGCCAGAGAACACACUCUGCUGCGCUCCGACCGCCCAGCUUAUGUCACCAUCCUCUCCUUGGUGCGGGACGCAGCAGCCCGGCUGCCCAACGGAGAGGGGACCAGAGCUGAGAUCUGUGAGCUGCUCAAGGACUCUCAAUUCCUGGCACCAGAUGUCACCAGUGCUCAGGUGAACACGGUUGUGAGUGGGGCUCUGGACAGGCUGCACUAUGAGAAGGACCCCUGUGUGAAGUAUGACAUCGGCCGCAAGCUGUGGAUCUACCUGCACCGCGACCGCGGUCAGGAGGAGUUUGAGAGGAUUCACCAGGCUCAAGCUGCUGCUGCCAAGGCCAGAAAGGCUCUGCAGCAGAAACCUAAACCUGCGUCUAAGCCUAAGUCUGGAAGUAAGGAGGGGGGUGGGAAGACCCCUGGAGGCCUGGAAGCAAGUGAUGUGGGGGGUCCCAUGUCCCCAACUCCGACCACCCCCACUACCAGCACCCCUGGAACCCCCAAAUCACCCCUCGCCCCUGUAGCCACAACCCCCACCAAAGCUGGGAUCCCAGAUUCAGUCAAGACCAGUCCUGGUGUUCUACUGGUGUCUCCUCCCCCCAUGCCCCAGCUGGGGACCCUGUUGUCCAGCAGCCAGUCUGGCCCCCAGGUCUCUCAGCCAGCUACCUCCCAACACACAGCCAGGGUAGUGGGCCACCAGUCAGGCUCUCUCCCACAGGUACGAGUGGUUUCUUCCCAGACAGCAGGAGGACAGCAUGCCACGCUGCUGCACCAAACCCCUCAUCAAAUCAGAGUGCCAGUCACCAUGGGAACCAAGGGCAUCACGCAGGCUGUGGUGUCAUUACCACUGAGGACCCAGUCUGCUGGUAGCCCCAUCCAGGUGCAGGCGUCCAGAGGGCAGACAACCCUGUCAGUGUCAGGCCUGACCACUGCUGUUACUGUACUCAAACCUCAGACUGCGUCCCCUGGCAGCCCAGCACACAACCCUACCUCCCCCGCUGUCCGACAGGGAGUCACCAGCCAGAACAUCAUCAAACAGGUGGCUAUCACAGGCCAGUUGGGCAUAAAGUCUCAAGGUAGACCGGGUCUUCCAAUAACGGCUACCAAUCUUCGCAUCCAGGGCAAGGAUGUGCUCCGCCUGCCCCCCUCCUCCAUCACCACAGACUCUAAAGGACAGACGGUGCUGCGGAUCACUCCUGACAUGAUGGCCACCCUAACUAAGUCCCCUCUCACCACCGUCAAACUCACCCCCGACAUGUUAGGCACUGCCACUACCAAGAGCAUAUCUGCUACUCUCCAUGUAACUCCACCCCACUCCACCUCCAGCCCAGCCUCCUCCUCGGGUGAAGUCCGGACCAGCAAGGCCUCUGCUGGCACCACCACCCUGUUGAAGGCUGCAGGGGACACGAUCCGCCUGAUGCCCACCCUAGCAGUCACUAUGGCCGAGCAGAAGACCAGAACCUUCUCCACCGUCUCCUCGUCUGACUCGAAGAGUAGCACCACCAUACGGAUCAUGCCCGGCCUCGGGAUCAUCCCACAGAAACAGGGCCAAACCAUCACCAUGACUACCACCACUGGCAGCAAACCAGUCUCCACUGGAGCCGCCACUGUCACCAUAGCCACCAGCGUACUGGCCGGAGCUAAAGGGGUGACGGUAGGCUCUUCUGCCUCAGGCUCCCUGACUCUGGGAACAGCCACAGCUACUGUCCGCCAGGUCCCCGUCACAGCCACAGUGGUGUCCACACAACCAGGGAAGUUACCAGCACGGUUCACAGUGCCUCUGUCUGUCCUCAGCCAACCACUGAAAAGUAAGAGUGUGAUGACCACGCCCAUACUGAAAGGAAACCUCAGUACCAAUAUCAGCAGUCUGGGCAGGAACAUCAUCCUCACCACCAUGCCUGCCGGUACCAAGCUGAUAGCUGGGAACAAGCCAGUCAGCUUUGUCACGGCUCAACAGUUACAGCAGCUGCAGCAGCAGGGACAGGCCACACAGGUGCGGAUCCAGACGGUGCCAGCCCAGCAGCGCUCUGCAGCAGGCUCCCCCAAGUCAAUGUCCACUGUCGUAGUCACCACCGCACCCUCACCUAAACGGGCCCCGGACCCGCCACCACCAGCACAGUGACACGCAUUCCCUAAGCCAGCUACUGCUCUGUGCAGUGCCACCGCUCCAGAGGCAGGUGAUGCCUKGGAGCCAUAGCCCAACUCUGCUCUCUCAAUGUUUAGGACGGAUGUCUGGAGAUGAACACAGGAGUAAUCCCAGGACAGCAUAUCACUAGACCAUUUAUAGACAGUGGUUUCACCUGACAUAUCUGUUGUGCAAGGCUAAGUUUCAGCAACACUAAUGAAAUAGCCUGCAUUUAGGGAGUAAACGUUAUUUAUAAUAAGAGUUACAUGGAGAAAAUUGGACCUCUUUGAAAUGAAAAUGAAUGGCCCUCCCUCCAGCAAAAUAUAUUUGACCUAAACCCUCCCUGAACACACAAUAAUAAUAAACCUAAGUGGAUAGCAGAGUACGUCUAGCGUUUAGACUCACUUCUGGGACAGACCAGAGCCUUACAUAUGCAGUUUUACAAACUGUUCUUCGUCCUGUAAGCAUUACAUGGCAACAAAGGACUUUUGAGAGCGCACAUGGCUGUGGGCCAGAAGGUUGUGGGUUCGCAGACCAAUGUGAACAAGAGCAGGGUGGAAAGAUCUGCUUUAUAGUAAAAACAUUGCAUGAAUCUAGUAUCAUGUCAUGCAGUUCUACGUAAUUUUACAUAUUACAAUAUUUUUUUAAUGCCACACAAAUUACCAAACGAAGGGACAGAGAGAGAGGCCUAUCUGUUCGUCUUGUCAUAUUUCUCCAAUGUCAAAUCAGUGUGUCUUGUUUGCAACGACACUGGCCCUGUUUGCAAAUAAUUACAUCUGAGAUGUCAUUAUGAAUCUGAACAUGGUACUUUCAAAAGUUAGGCCUACCUUUCCAUCCCAGACAGAGUAGGCCUACCUUUCCAUCCCAGACAGAG